AUGUCCUCCAGCGCCUUCGUGAAAUCUCCUUUGCGUAGACGUCGGUGCCGCCGGACGAAGCAGACCGGCUCGUACACCCUUGCCCGGGAUGCUGCCGCCCAUAUUAUAACAGAUUAUAUAGAGGACAAGCUCGUUGCCUAUCACCCGGCCGUCAUUAAUGGCGUCGUAUUCAACAAUGGCCAGUACUUGGCGCCGAACCCGUGGGGGCCGGUUGUUGACGGAGCGGAUAUCCUUGCGGCGGCGGCGAAUAAGGAGUACGCCAAGUAUGGCUUCAAUAUUACGUAUAUUGAUGAUUGGUUUGACCACCACGCCCACGCGGGCGAGGUUCACUGCGCUACCAAUGUUGCCCGUGACGCUUCCCAGAAGUGGUGGUAG